ACUUUGGAAAUUACUGGCUCCCCAUGCAUUUCCUUAGUGAUCCCUCCUUUUGGAAUUGAGAUAAAUUUUUUUUUUCUCUCUCUUUUUGAGAAAGAGAGUUACCAUGCAAGUAGGUCUGCUUACUUUUCUUGUUCACGCCAGUCCUCUAUAAAUUCCCUCCCCGGCUUGCCCUAGACCAUAGCCCUCUGUUUUUCUCUCCUCCCCCGUUCUGUUUCUCCGUAAGUAUGGAGGUUUAUUCUGUUGGUUUUCUUCCUCUUUUUCUCUUAUUCUUCUUCUUCUUCUUCAGAGUCUUGAAGUUCUUGUUUAGAAUAUCCAAAAUCUGUUUUCUCAGUUGUUUUUCCUUUGAUUUUACAGAUGGGUGUUUCAUGAUGGGGUUCAUAUCAAUAUUUUCUCUCUUGGUAAAAAGAAAAAUGAAAAUCUGUUUUAUCCAUGAAUGGGGCUUUUAAGUAACUGGUAUUUAAGGAUCUGGCUCUUCCAUUCCCGGUUAAUAUCACUUUUGACCAUUUUUCCUCAGCAUCCUACUAAAAAUCUAUGUUUUUUUUUUCUAAUCUAUAUGGCAUGAAUUUCUUGUUUUCUCACAAUAAUCCACUCUCACCAAUGGAUCUGGACUUCUUCUUGUUCACAUUUCCAGUUUUGGACAUCUAUGAAUAGUCUGAGAUUUUAGACUGCUAGAUCUAAAUUGCAUUCCAUGCACUAUUUAGUGUGGUAGCAUUAGUUCAACCAUAUGCUUUAAUUGGGAAUGGAAAGUGGUUGCGUGGGGGGGUAGGUGUUGGAAUUUUUUGCCUUCUGGAUGACGCUGUUUAGGUUGUGUGAAACUCAGUUAAGAUUUUUUCAAUGGCGGACCAUGUUCUGACCCGUGUUCACAGCCUGAGGGAGCGGUUGGAUGACACCCUCGUUGCUAACCGGAUCGAAAUCCAGUCACUCCUUGCCAGGUUUGAAAGCCGUGGGAAAGGAAUUUUACAACCCCAUCAUCUUAUAGCUGAGAUCGAAGCAAUCCCAAAGGAGGAGAGAGAAAAACUGUCUGAUGGGGCAUUUGGUGAUAUUUUGAGAUCCACACAGGAAGCAAUAGUUCUACCUCCAUGGAUUGCUCUUGCAGUUCGUCCGAGGCCCGGUGUCUGGGAAUAUGUAAGAGUGAAUAUUAAAACCCAUACAGUUGAGGAGUUGACUGUGGCUGAGUUUUUGCACUUCAAAGAAGAACUUGUGGAUGGAAGUUGCAAUGGCAACUUUGUGCUUGAGUUGGACUUUGAACCUUUUACCGCAUCUUUUCCUCGCCCGACUCUCUCAAAGUCCAUUGGGAACGGUGUCGAGUUCCUCAACAGGCAUCUGUCUGCAAAAAUGUUCCAUGACAAGGAUAGCAUGUACCCAUUGCUUGAAUUUCUUCAAACCCAUCACUACAAGGGCAAGACAAUGAUGCUGAAUGAUAGAAUACAGAACCUGGAUUCUCUCCAAUUUGUUUUGAGGAAGGCAGAGGAAUAUCUGACCUCCUUGAAACCAGAUACGCCUUAUUCUGAUUUUGAGCACAAGUUCCAGGAGAUUGGUUUGGAAAGAGGGUGGGGUGAUACCGCUGAGCGUGUUCUGGAAAUGAUUAAUCUUCUUUUGGACCUUCUAGAGGCUCCAGAUCCAUGCACUCUCGAGAAAUUCCUUGGGAGAAUUCCCAUGGUUUUCAAUGUUGUUAUUCUUUCUCCUCAUGGAUACUUUGCCCAAGCUAAUGUUCUGGGCUAUCCUGAUACCGGAGGCCAGGUUGUUUAUAUUUUGGAUCAAGUCCGUGCCUUGGAGAACGAGAUGCUUCUUCGUAUAAAGCAGCAAGGACUUGAUAUCAUCCCUCGCAUCCUCAUUGUUACCCGGCUGCUCCCUGAUGCCACAGGAACAACAUGUAAUCAACGUCUUGAGAAAGUUUACGGGACAGAACACUCACAUAUAAUCCGAAUUCCCUUUAGGGAUGAGAAGGGAAUAGUCCGUAGAUGGAUAUCAAGAUUUGAAGUGUGGCCAUACUUGGGAACUUACACCGAGGAUGUUGCAAAUGAAAUUGCUGGAGAGUUACAAGCUAAGCCAGAUCUUAUCAUAGGCAACUAUAGUGAUGGAAACAUCGUUGCCUCUUUGUUAGCACAUAAAUUAGGAGUUACACAGUGUACCAUAGCCCAUGCCCUUGAGAAAACAAAAUAUCCUGACUCUGACAUUUAUUGGAAAAAUUUUGAGGAGAAGUACCACUUCUCUUGCCAGUUCACAGCUGACCUUAUUGCUAUGAACCAUACUGAUUUUAUUAUCACCAGCACUUUCCAAGAGAUUGCUGGAAGCAAGGAUACUGUUGGCCAGUAUGAGAGUCACACUGCUUUCACCCUCCCAGGACUAUACAGAGUUGUCCAUGGGAUCGAUGUUUUUGACCCCAAGUUCAACAUUGUCUCCCCUGGGGCAGACAUGGCCAUCUACUUCCCAUAUACAGAGGAGAAAAAGAGGCUCACAGCUCUGCACCCAGAAAUUGAGGAACUCCUAUUCAGCACCGUAGAGAAUGAAGAACACUUAUGUGUGUUGAAAGACCAAAACAAGCCCAUCAUAUUCUCAAUGGCAAGGCUGGACCGUGUGAAGAACAUGACAGGACUUGUUGAGUGGUAUGGCAAGAACACCCGGUUGAGAGAGUUGGCUAACCUUGUUGUGGUGGCUGGGGACAGGAGGAAGGAAUCCAAGGAUUUGGAAGAGAAAGAAGAGAUGAAAAAAAUGCAUGGUCUCAUAGAGACUUACAAAUUGAAUGGCCAGUUCAGAUGGAUUUCUUCCCAAAUGAACCGGGUGAGAAAUGGUGAACUAUACCGUUACAUUGCUGACACAAAGGGUGUUUUUGUGCAACCUGCAUUCUACGAGGCCUUUGGGUUGACAGUGGUCGAGUCCAUGACCUGUGGGCUGCCAACAUUUGCAACUUGCCAUGGUGGCCCAGCAGAGAUAAUUGUGCAUGGCAAAUCUGGCUUCCACAUUGAUCCAUACCACGGCGAUCAGGCAGCUGAGCUCCUGGUGAGCUUCUUUGAGAAGUGCAAGGAAGACUCAACUCAUUGGGACAAGAUAUCAAUGGGAGGCCUGCAGCGAAUCCAUGAGAAAUACACAUGGCAGAUUUACUCCGAGAGGUUAAUGACACUUGCUGGGGUUUAUGGUUUCUGGAAGCAUGUGUCUAACCUUGAUCGCCGUGAGACUCGCCGCUAUCUUGAGAUGUUUUAUGCACUCAAAUACCGGAAGUUGGCUGAGACUGUUCCCUUGGCUCUUGAAGAGUAGAAGGUGGAGUGCUGGAUGGGUCCAAGUGGAGGCUUUCUGCCACGAGAAGAAUAAAAAUGGCAAUGUUUGAGAUUGUGAAAAAGCCAUAAGGCUUUCUUUUUUCUUUUUUCUUUUUUCUUUUUUCUUUUUCUUUUUAUUGGCAUUGUUUGAACUUGGGUGUUGAGCCCUCGAGUGUAGUAGCCAUUGUGAAAUCCGUUUCUCUUUUUGAUUAA